AUGGAUUUCUACUACUCAGUGCAAGCUUGUGUCUUGUCUUCUUGCACUGUUGAGCAGUCACUAGCAAUCUCGAGGCUGCAGGACACAGCAUGCGAUCGAAGUUACCGAUCUCGAAGAAAUGAUCUUUGGGGAUUCAUUGCUGUAGAGGUUGUGGCUUUGACUUGCAUAAUCAUGCACUUUGUCGCUCGGCAUGACAGCGGUCGUGAUUAUGGAGUUGAUGAUUACAUCAUGUUUGUCGUCCUGGUGCUCUACAUACCAUUCACAGUUGUGGGACAAUAUGCACGACUUACAGCAUUUGGCGUGGACAUUUGGACGGAAAGCACUUCUACAGUCACCACUGCACUCAAGCUCUUCUUCAUUGACGAAAGCUUCUAUCUAGCACUUUUGGCUCUGUGCAAACUCGUCAUGCUCUGCUUUUUCCUGCGAAUCUUCCCAAACAGAUGGUUUCGCAUCACGGUGUACAUUGCAAUCGGUUUUGUCAGCUGCACCGGCAUCGUAAUGGUCUUUUUGCAAAUCUUCCAGUGUCUACCGCUCGACUAUAAUUGGGAAGGAUGGAUGGGCACUUACGGAAGCCACAAAUGUCUGAACGUUAAUGCGCUCACAUACACGGCGGCGUCGAUAUCGAUAUUUCAAGACGUCUGCCUGUUGCUGCUACCUCUGCCACUGACGCUGACUCUCCACACGAGUCACCGCAACAAGCUCAACAUAGUCGUCAUGUUUAGUUUGGGGUUUUUUAUUCUCCUGACGAGUUGUAUCAGGCUACGCUAUAUUGUGCUAUUUGCACGUACCGUCAAUCCAACCUGGGACUAUACCGACACCUUGAUAUGGACGGCAUUAGAAGUCAAUGUGUCCAUAAUUGUCAUUUCCCUGCCAGCGAUACGCGUAUACCUCUCGAAAUACCUACCCAAGGUCUUUGGCAGCACCGUCGCCUCCGGCAGCGAGUCCGCCUCCCAUCCACACUCGAGGAGCCACGGCAGCAGCAGUACAAAGCAGAGACUCCACAACUCGAGGCAGCGUGGCAGUAGCAAUAAAUUCUCGAGCGUCUUUUCGAUCACAACGACAAGGAGGCGUGGGGCGGCGAACGGGGUCGACGGCGACUCGGAUACGGAAAGCCAGCUGGAGCUCGGCGAUCGCGGUCGGGGCAUGAUGGACACGGAAAUUGUCGCGGACCACGCGUGUCAUGCAGAGGACGACUUGUCGAGUUAUUCAGACGGCAGCAGUCAUGGGGGUAUCAAUGUGCGCAAGACGACGGUGUGGACGCGGGAAAGCGGAGAGAAGUCAGGACGCAUGUAA